GAGCGGCAGUACUUACCACACAUUUUACAAGAUCAGAUGCUUGUCAGUGGUGCUCAGGAUCUGGAAAUCAUUCGCCAUCAUCCUCAGUCAUCUCUCCUUACUCUGUUUAUGUGGUAAGUGAAACCUUAUGUACUGUAAUGUAACAGGCUACCGCUAGCAAGGAGCUAACCAUGUCCCUUUAGUUGCUCGCGUUAUUUUAUUAGAACCCGUUAUUUGCUUUCCGUGCCUUUCUGAAUACAGACACCAACCCAUCCCUGCACUUCACAUCCCCUGAACAGCCUGGAACAUAACAUUUAUUUCCAUGAUCUGCCAUUUUCGCUGUUGUCCUCGCUUGUUUCUUCACAAUACCUGCAGAACUUCUGAUGGCGGCAGGCCUAGAACAUGGGCGGGUAUAUGCAAAUGUUGGGGGCGUAACUAUUAGUGAUCCCGACUGUUACGUCACAGUCGGUGUUAUGUUCUGAUUCGUCUUUUUUUAUUCACGAGAUUUACAUAAGAAGGAGGAAACAAUGGUGUUUGAGGCUCACAGUAUGUCUCUUAUUAUUCAACUAUGCCAAGGUAAAUACAGUUUUCCAUUCUAUGGCACCUUUAAGUUCAAAAGAAUAAAAUAAAAUAAAAUGUUUUACUGGAGUAUCUAUAAUGUUAAUUUGUAAUAUAACCUACUGAAAAUGAUGUUUUAUGAUUAUAAAGUAACGCAAAACAAAAACUAGAUCUUUUAAGACUAUUGUGAUAAAUAGAAUACAAUUCUUAAUUCUGUCUUUAUUCUGACACAAUACAGCAGGGUUCUGAAUAUCAAAAUAAUUCUCUAUGAUUCUUAUUUGAUCUAAAUUCAUUUUUGUUUGCGAAACCAUUCAGUUUAUGAUGAUGAAAUUCUAACCUGGAACUACACUAACUUCUAGUGUGUUGUGCGUCACUGUGGUUAAAGCUGGCUUAUCUGGUUGAUCUAAAUGAACAUUGCCUUUGUUUGUGUAAAAACACAAUAUGCAUCCAUUAGGCUAUUGCAUUACUGGGUUUUGUUUGAGAGCCAAUCAAUAGGAAGGAUUCAGUUGUCAUUUAGGUAGCUGGUAUAUUUUUGGCAGGGCUCAGAACCCUUUAUAUAGAGGAAAUCACCAGGAUUCCUCUUCUAGUCUUUAUGCACAAGGACUAGAGAUGGGUGGCAGACUCUUUACUUUGCUAUAUCUGAUCGUAAUUAAUAUAAUCUCAGCAUGUGGCGAAGCAGUUAGUGAAGGUCUUUCUUGCUCAGAAAAUCAGCAGGCAUUUAAAAGCUCCUGCUAUGAGUUUGUGGCCCUGCAGCACAGUUUCCUCGGUGCUCAAGCUUGGUGUGAGCGGGACGGUGGACACCUGGCCUUCAUCAAGAAUGAUGAAACCCAGCAGUUUCUACAAAAACAGCUGCAUCCGGAGCAGGACUGGUGGAUAGGACUGGUGUCUACCUCCAACAACCUCACUCUGGACGCACAAGAUGUUUCUAUGUCCUCAGGCAGCGUGAUCUGGUUAGAUGGUUCAGGUGUGAUUUACUCAAACUGGCUUAGUGAGUCGAUGCUGGAGACUGGCUGUGGCUACAUCAACACAGACUCUGGAUUUCACUGGAAGACAACGAGCAACUGUAGUCAGGAAUUCUACUUCAUUUGUGAGUUUGAAUUGGGACGCUCUCUGUCCUGUAUGGACAGCACUAUCUUGCACUGUGGCUCAGAUCAGGUGAUCGAGGUUGAUGAGAGCUACUAUGGCAGGAAUACGCCACAUUACUGCAGGAGCAACAUCUCCAGCUCUCGCACAGCUUCGCUGGAGCAGUGCAGCUGGAUCAGUGUGCUGGAUGUAGUAGCAGAGCUCUGUAAUGGACAGCGGUUUUGCACGCCUGUGGCAGAUGUGUCAUCUUUUGGAGAUCCGUGCCCUGCGCUGGGAAGUUACCUGUUUGUGGAAUAUCACUGCAUAGACCAAGACUCUGGUGAUAUUGUGGAAAGCUCUGCUGAUGAUGGUGGUGACGAUUCUUUUGUUGAGGCAUCAAAGUACUCUUUAAAUUUGAGACAGCACACUCACAAAAGGGCUAAAAGGGAGAAUCCAGGUGACACAAAGAUUUGUUAUUCUGAUACAAAUACACUCCCUUUGCAAAUCAGCUGUACACUUUGUGGUCCAACUGACAUCAAAUUAGAGUCAAGUGCUAGCUGUCAAAAUACAUACUGGUAUAUGGAAGAUGGCAGGAAAGUAAAUAAAAACAAAAAAGAUGAUUUUAAGGAAAAAUGCUUAAAAGAUGGCAAAAAGGUCCUGAUUCUACAAAAGAAGAAGAACAACAACAACAAUAAUAAUAAUAAUAAUAAUAACAACAACAACAACAACAAUGGCAAUAACAACAACAACAAUAAUGGCAAUAACAAUAAUGGCAAUAACAACAACAACAAUAAUAACAACAACAACAAUAAUGGCAAUAACAAUAAUGGCAAUAACAACAAUAAUAACAACAACAACAACAACAACAAUGGCAAUAAUAACAACAACAAUGGCAACAACAACAACAACAAUGGCGGCAACAACAACAAUGGCAACAACAAUAAUAAUAAUAACAACAACAACAAUGGCAAUAACAACAACAACAACAACAAUAAUAACAACAACAACAAUGGCAAUAACAACAACAAUAAUGGCAAUAACAACAACAACAAUAAUGGCAAUAACAAUAACGGCAAUAACAAUAAUGGCAAUAACAACAACAACAACAAUAAUAAUAAUAAUAAUAAUAAUAACAACAACAACAACAACAAAUUGGAGAUCAAAGCUAAGAAGAUUAGAUCUUUCAAGAAGGACAUCAUCGUGGUGAUGAUUUGUGAACAAAAUAGCCAAAUGUCUUCUGAAAAGUUUACAAUUCAAUAUUCCUGGAUAAAGAUCAACAAGAAUCAGCUCAAGAACACCAUUGAUAACGAAUUGAGUCAACUUGGUGGAGCAGAUGACACAGAAGAGUUCAGAGAGGAACUUCUUGCAGAUAUAUUAGCAAUUUUAGAAGAAGAGCCACCCCAGCAACCCACAGAAGUGCUGAUGUUUGCUAGUGUUUUGACAAAAAUCACUGAAGAUAAGGACAAACUGAAUGUUUAUGCUCAGGAGAAUGCUUGUUCCGUACUCGAAAUUUUAAGUAAAUCCCUCGAGUCCAUCAGUCUGGAUAGCAUCACUGCACAAAUAGCCAGCCUCCUUGUUGCAUCCUCUAGUAACAUUCUCGCUGCCUUUGAUAAGGACAAAGAGAGCAUCAUCUCUGGUUGUUUGGUCACUGCAGUGGACUCUGUGCAGACAUUUCUGCUCACAAAUAAAACGCCUGAUCUGGAGCCCAUCAUCAUCACCUCUCCUUAUGUCAAUAUUUACGUCAACAGGAUAUCACCAACUAACCUCCAGAAAGAGCCCUUCAGCAUUGAGAAGAGUUCCGCCAGAUUCAAGCUUCCGAAUCUGGGCUCUGAUAUACUGUCUCUCGAUGAGCCAGUGGAUGUGAAAAUGUCACAUUUUAACAUUGAUCCAUGGAUUGAAGGUCAGACCAUUCAUAGUAUUGUGGCUGGUUUGUCCCUCUCCAAAACAAACGGCUCUGGCAUUCCAGUGGCAAACCUGACUGAGGAGAUUGAGAUCUUAUUACCCAGGCUGGACACAGCAGUGAACAGCUCAGUUCUAGAUCUGAGAAACUUCAGCACUACGAUCAUCAAUAUAACCACCCCCAACAUUACUCUGGUUAUAAAGUUACUUCCCUCUGAAGAUUUAACACUAAUAUUGAUGCUGGGUUAUCAGAACCAACCCACCGAGGAAAACUAUGCAGCCAAAGUUACACUUCCUCAAAAAGGAAAUUCACAAGAUGAAAAGUACACAUGGGUACUGGGCCCCAGUGACAUGGCAGUAGAUGUGGGCGUUUACAACCUUCUCAUACGACCUGUUGUUCCUCCGGGCGUAAAGUCUAUUAAUGCAUCAGUAACAAUCACAUCCGUUACUGCUCAGUGCAUUUUCUGGGAAGAGACAAGAUCCAACUGGAGUGAUUAUGGCUGUAGGGUUGGACCUAAAACAACCCCAAAUGUUACUCAGUGUCUGUGUACCCAUUUAACCUUUUUUGGGAGCAGUUUCUUUGUCAUGCCCAAUACAGUAGAUCCAUCCAAGACUGCUGAGCUUUUUUCCAACUUCGCACAGAACCCAGUGGUAGUGUGCUUUAUCGGUGCGAUUUUCUUAGCUUACUUCCUGAUAGCAGCAUGGGCAUGCAGGAAGGACCUACAGGACAAAACCAAGGUGAAGAUUACUGUGCUAGAUGACAAUGAUCCCUUUUCUGAGUACUGCUACUUGUUGAAGAUCAGCACUGGUCACCGCAUGGGCUCCUCCACUUCAUCACGAGUCAUAGUGACUCUUCAGGGUACGGAGGGAGAAUGUGAGCCCCAUCAUCUGACUGACCCUGAUAAGCCAGUGUUUGAAAGAGGAGGUGUGGACCUGUUCUUACUGACCACCCCCUUCUCACUGGGAGAGCUGCAGAGCAUCAGACUGUGGCAUGACAACUCAGGGGAUCAUCCUGCUUGGUAUGUUAACACGGUGAUGGUAGAAGACCUGCAGACUGAGCAGAAGUGGCACUUCCUGUGCAGCUCAUGGCUGGCUGUUGAUAUAGAUGAUUGCACUGUUGAAAAAGUGUUUCCUGUAGCAUCAGAGACAGACAUGAAAGGCUUCAGCAAUCUAUUCUUCAUGAAGACAACGACGGACUUCUGUGAUGGUCACAUCUGGUACUCUGUGGUCAGUCGACCCCCCAGCAGUAACUUCACCCGUGUGCAGCGUGUCUCCUGCUGUUUCUCAGUGCUGCUCUGCUCCAUGUUGACCAGCAUCAUGUUCUACGGGAUUCCCACAGACCCCUCAGAGCAGACCAUGGAUAUGGGCCAGAUAACACUGACCUGGAGUCAGGUGAUGAUUGGCAUCCAGAGCUCCUUCAUUGUAUUCCCCAUCAAUCUAGUAAUUGUGGGAAUCUUCAGACAUUCACGUCCCUGGAAAAAGAAGACAAAGAAAGGAAAGGCACAUAAGCAGUCUGAGCUUCCUCAGAUGGAGAAAGACAUCCCAUACGAGUCUGCCUCUCCACAGUUUGAUCCAAACAAUUUAACUGUAGAUUUCCUUAUCAAAGACAUACAGAGAAUCACAUACUUGUUUGCAAAUACCAUGAGAUGCCCUGUCCCGAAAGAAGAGAUGAACCCUAAUAAGGAAGACGUCAACACUUUGCUAUCAGAGCUGCUGAACCUCAUCGAGCAACAGCACUUAAUUCACAAAAACGACACCACGUCGGUUUUCUGGGCCUACACCCAUCAUCUCUCCAAGCAGAUUGAAAACUUGGUGGGAGAAGUGAAGCUGCUGGGGCCUUCAGGCUUUUCCAGGCCUGGGUGCUACAGCCAGGUGUUACUGCAGGUCCAGAGCAUGAAGAAACUGCUGGAAAGUCUCCGUUCCUCCAGACCCAUCACUGAGCAGCGCAUCUGUAGCUCGAGUCCCAAAAAAGACAGCAGCAGGAGGGGUCUGCCCUGGUGGUUUGUGUAUGUGGGUUGGCUUCUUGUUGCAGCCACAAGUGUGGUAUCAGGGUACUUCACCAUGUUGUAUGGACUGAAAUACGGGAAGGAUCGUUCAGUCAGCUGGAUAAUCUCCAUCGCGAUGUCCUUCACCGAGAGCCUCUUCUUCACCCAGCCUGUAAAAGUGCUUUGUUUAGCCAUUUUCUUUGCAUUGGUGGUGAAAAAAGUCAAUUUUGAGGAUGCAGAACUUGUUGACACCUUACGUAAGAAAGCAAAAACUCGCUCAGAUGGUCUCAAUGGAGUGCGCCUUUCUAAGAGGGAUUGUACACGCAGUUACUAUCAGCCUCCACCUCCCAGUGACAUUGAGAAGAUCAGGAGAAACAUGGUCAAACAGCAGAAAGCACGAGCACUCAUCAUGGAGAUUCUGGUUUUUCUGGGGUUCUUGUGGAUGCUGCUCUUGGUGGCGUAUGGUCAGCGAGAUGAAAACGGAUUCUACCUCACUCAUCACAUCCGGCAGAGCUUCAGUAAUGGCACUUCAGACAGUAUGAGCCACAAUGAUGUGUUUACCUGGGCCAACACUGUACUUCUUGAUAACCUGUUUGGACAGUAUCCAGGUUUUAUAACGGAUGGAAACUCGAAACUUGUCGGGAGUGCUCGUGUUCGUCAAGUGAGGGUGACGAGAGACUCUUGUAAGAUUGCUAAGUCCGUGCGUCACGCUGUUCCCGACUGCAGUGCCCCUUACUCUUGGGAAAAUGAGGACAUGGCCUCUUACGGUCCAGGUUGGGAUGCGUUUCAUUGUGUAAAUGGCUCUGAAGACACCGUCACACCUUGGAAGUACCAAAGUCAGUCCGCGCUCAAAGCAAUCCCAGUUUGGGGUAUGAUUGCACUUUAUAGAGGCGGAGGCUAUGUUAUGGACCUCGGUUCUGACCAGCAAAACGCUAGCAGGAAGCUUCAGUAUCUAACCGACUCCACCUGGUUGGAUAUGUACACAAGGGCAGUUUUUGCAGAGUUUACAGUGUACAAUGCUAAUGUCAACCUCUUCUGCAUUGUCACGCUGAUACUAGAGAGCACUGCAGUGGGUACUUUUCAGUUUCGCAGCGUGGUUCAGAGUGUCCGUCUCUACCAGUCCACAGGUGGCUUUCAGUCGUUUCUCAUGGCCUCUCAGGUGUUUUAUUUCCUCUUCAUCGUCUACUACAUGUUUUUGCAGGCAAAGCUGUUGAAGCGGCAGAAAUGGGCGUAUUUCAAAAACAAGUGGAAUCUGUUAGACCUGGCCAUCAUCAUUUUAAGUUGGAGUUCAUUAUCAGUGUUCAUCAAGAGAACAGUGCAGGGAGACAAAGACAUUGAAUACUACCAAGACCACAAGGAUCAGUUUCCCAGUUUCCAUGAUACAGCUGUCAUAGAUGUUACACUGGGAUAUCUCAUGGCUUUCUUGGUUCUUCUGGCUUGUGUAAAACUCUGGCAUCUGCUAAGACUCAACCCUAAACUUCACCUCAUCACCUCUUCACUGCAGCGGGCAUGGAACGAUAUGUCCAGCUUCAUUGUGGUUAUCUUCAUUAUCCUCUUGGCCUAUUCUCUUACUUGCAAUCUCAUAUUUGGAUGGAAGCUGUACUCAUACCGAACUUUCCCAGAUGCAUUCAAAACCAUCUUCAGUUUGCAGUUUGGAAUCUUCAAUUACGAUGAGGUGCUGAGUUCUGAUCCGGUGCUUGGUGCGCUCAUCAUUUCCACUUGCGUCAUCUUCAUUACAUUUGUGAUCCUGACCCUCUUUGUCUCAAUCAUCCUCGAGGCGUUCGGUGAAGAACAGGAGAAUCACCAGCCUUCUGAGGAAGAGGAAAUCGUCGACCUGAUGUUGGUGAAGAUCCUCAGUCUUUUUGGCAUUAAAUGCAAGAAGAAAGAAGAGAGUCAUCAUAGUGACAAAACUAGCUAGUCCACAUCAUUGGCACAUGCCCCUAACAAGAGGAUCGCUGACUGCUCGAUCUGCUACCUUGUCUUCAAAUACUUAAAGAUGCAGAUAUUAAAUUUCUUUGAACUUAAAAAUGGUUUCUACACUGAACAUGGUCAUUUUGAUUAAACUUUAAUUUUCUUUUCAGAAAAAGUGAAAU